CGCGCGCUCAGAGGUCUCAAAUCGAGGAGGAGGACUGUAAAAUGGCGCAUUGUUGUUGCAGUCGUACAUUUUGAAAGCUAGCUUGCAAGCUGAUCGAGUUAGUUAGCCGGGCACACCAACCGAUUAUGAAACUGUAGCUUUUUUUUUUUAAGUGUCUACCAUAUGCUUGCAUGUUUCUCGUUUGAGUUCAAACGCUAGCUAGCAUUAGCGACAUUAGCUGCUAGCACAACAACACAUAUUCCUUCUUCUGUUUCCGCACAAGCGAUCUGGUCAAAAAUGGGUUAUUUGAAACUAAUAGAGAUCGAAAACUUCAAAUCUUACAAGGGCAGGCAAAUCAUCGGCCCCUUUCACAAGUUUACCGCGAUUAUUGGACCCAAUGGAUCCGGCAAGUCCAACCUCAUGGACGCCAUCAGCUUUGUGCUGGCUGAGAAGACCAGCAACCUGCGUGUGAAGACUCUGAAGGACCUGAUCCAUGGAGCUCCCGUGGGGAAGCCGGCAGCCAACAGAGCCUUUGUGAGCAUGGUGUACCAUGAGGACAGCGGGGAAGAGCGCACCUUCACCAGAAUCAUCAUUGGCUCGUCGUCAGAGUACCGUAUCAACAGUAAGGUGGUGAAUCUGGCAGAGUACAGUGAGGAGCUGGAGAAACUAGGAAUCCUCAUCAAGGCCAGGAACUUCCUCGUCUUCCAGGGUGCGGUGGAGUCGAUAGCCAUGAAGAACCCUAAGGAGCGUACUGCUCUGUUUGAGGAGAUCUCCCGGUCUGGGGAGCUGGCUCAGGAGUACGACCGUAGGAAGAAGGAGAUGGUGAAGGCUGAGGAGGACACCCAAUUUAACUACCACCGCAAGAAGAACAUCGCCGCUGAACGCAAAGAGGCCAAGCAGGAGAAAGAGGAGGCUGAGCGUUACCAGCGUCUGAAGGACGAGGUGGUGAAGGCCCACGUCCAGAUGCAGCUGUUCAAGCUGUACCACAACGACGCCGAGAUCGACAAGCUGAACCGCGAGCUGUCGCACCGCAACAAGGAGAUCGACAAGGACCGCAAGAAGAUGGACCACGUGGAGGAGGAACUGAAGGAGAAGAAGAAAGAGCUGGGGAGGAUGAUGAGAGACCAACAGACGGUGGAGAAAGAGAUCAAGGAGAAAGAUGCUGAACUGAACCAAAAGCGUCCGCAGUACAUCAAGGCCAAAGAGAACACCUCCCACAAGAUCAAAAAACUGGAGGCAGCCAAGAAGUCCCUCCAGAACGCCCAGAAGCUGUACAAGAAGAGGAAGGGGGACAUGGAUGAGUUGGAGAAAGAACAGGGCGCCGUGGAGAUGGCCCGGCAGGAGUUUGACGACCGCAUGGAGGAGGAGGCCCAGAGCCAGGGACAGGACCUCACACUGGAGGAAAACCAGGUGAAGGCCUACCACCGUCUGAAGGAGGAGGCCAGUAAGCGGGCGGCCACUCUGGCCCAGGAGCUGGAGAAGUUCAACAGAGACCAGAAGGCUGACCAGGACCGGCUCGACCUUGAGGAAAGGAAGAAAGUGGAGACCGAGGCCAAGAUCAAGCAGAAGAUCCGUGAGAUAGAGGAGAACCAGAAGCGUAUUGAGAAGCUGGAGGACUACAUUACCACCAGCAAGCAGUCUCUGGAUGAACAGAAGAGAAUGGAGGAGGAGCUGACUGAGGAGGUGGAGGGGGCCAAGAAGAGGAUCGACGAGAUCAACCUGGAACUCAACCAGGUGAUGGAGCAGCUGGGCGACGCCAGGAUUGACAGACAGGAGAACAGCAGGCAGGCACGCAAAGCAGAGAUCAUGGAGAGCAUCAAGAGACUGUAUCCCGGGUCGGUGUACGGCCGCCUGAUCGACCUGUGCCAGCCCACUCAGAAGAAGUUUCAGAUCGCUGUGACCAAGGUGCUGGGCAAGAACAUGGACGCCAUCAUCGUGGACUCGGAGAAGACCGGCAGAGACUGUAUCCAGUACAUCAAGGAGCAGCGAGGAGAGCCGGAGACCUUCCUGCCCCUCGACUAUCUGGAGGUGAAGCCUACAGAUGAGAAGCUGCGUGAGCUGCGCGGCGCCAAGCUGGUGAUCGAUGUGAUCCGCUACGAGCCGCCUCACAUUAAGAAGGCCCUGCAGUACGCGUGUGGUAACGCACUGGUCUGUGAGAACGUAGAGGACGCUCGGCGCAUCGCCUUCGGAGGGCCCUACAGACACAAGACAGUGGCCCUGGACGGUACUCUGUUCCAGAAGUCCGGUGUGAUCUCUGGCGGUGCUAGUGAUCUGAAGGCUAAGGCCAGGCGCUGGGAUGAGAAGGCUGUGGACAAACUCAAGGACAAGAAGGAGAAACUCACUGAGGAACUGAAGGAGCAAAUGAAGGCUAAGAGGAAGGAGGCAGAGCUGCGCCAGGUUCAGUCUCAGGCCCACGGCCUCCAGAUGAGACUGAAAUACUCCCAGAGCGACCUGGAGCAGACCAAGACCCGACACCUCUCCCUCAACAUGCAGGAGAAAUCCAAGCUGGAGAGUGAGCUGGCUAACUUCGGCCCUCGCAUCAACGACAUCAAGAGGAUCAUCCAAUCCCGUGAGAAGGAGGUCAAUAAUUUGAGAGACCGGAUGAACGUUGUGGAAGAUGAGGUGUUUAUCGAGUUCUGUAAGGAGAUUGGGGUCAGGAACAUCAGAGAGUUCGAGGAGGAGAAGGUGAAGAGGCAGAACGAGAUCGCCAAGAAACGGCUGGAGUUUGAAACCCAGAAGACUCGUCUGGGCAUCCAGCUGGACUAUGAGAAAAACCAGCUGAAAGAGGACAAGGAGAAGGUCAUGAUGUGGGAGCAGACUGUCAAGAAGGACGAGGCGGAGAUAGAGCGACUCAAGAAGGAGGAGCACCGCCACAUGAAGAUCAUCGACGAGACCAUGGCCCAGCUGCAGGACCUGAAGAACCAGCACCUCACCAAGAAGUCCGAGGUCAACGACAAGAACCACAACAUGGAGGAGAUACGCAAGAAAUUGGGAGGAGCCAACAAGGAGCUGACCCAGCUGCAGAAGGAAGUGACGGCCAUCGAGACCAAGCUGGAGCAGAAACGCAGCGACCGCCACAACCUGCUGCAGGCCUGUAAGAUGCAGGACAUCAGACUGCCUCUACGCUCUGGGACCAUGGACGACAUCGGCCAGGGAGAGGGGAGCUCCCAACAGGAGGAGUCUAGCAGCAGUCAGAGAACGUCCAGUACUGUCCUGGCUAAAGAGGCUCUCAUAGAGAUAGACUACAGCAUCCUGUCUGAAGACCUCAAGGACGCGCUGGCGGAGGAUGAGAUCAAGGCAGAGAUGCACACGCUGCAGCAACGUCUCAACGAGCAGCAGUCCAUACUGCAGAGAAUCAGCGCACCCAACAUGAAGGCCAUGGAGAAACUAGAGUCUGUCAGGGACAAGUUCCAGGAGACCAGCGACGAGUUUGAGGCGGCCCGUAAGCGAGCCAAGAAGGCCAAGCAGGCGUUUGAGCAGAUCAAGAAGGAGAGGUUUGACCGCUUCAACGCCUGUUUUGAGGCUGUAUCCACCAACAUCGAUGAGAUCUACAAAGCCCUGUCACGCAACAGCUCUGCCCAGGCCUUCCUUGGGCCGGAGAACCCAGAGGAGCCUUACCUGGAUGGGAUCAACUAUAACUGUGUUGCCCCUGGUAAGCGGUUCAGACCAAUGGACAACCUGUCUGGAGGGGAGAAGACUGUCGCUGCCCUGGCUCUGCUGUUCGCCAUACACAGCUACAAGCCUGCCCCAUUCUUCGUCCUGGAUGAGAUUGAUGCUGCGCUGGACAACACCAACAUUGGCAAGGUGGCCAACUACAUCAAAGACCAGUCAGUGAACACUCAGGCCAUAGUGAUCUCUCUAAAGGAAGAGUUCUACACCAAGGCUGACUCUCUCAUCGGGGUCUAUCCAGAGCAAGGAGAUUGCGUCAUCAGCAAAGUAUUGACUUUUGACCUGUCGGUGUACCCUGACGCAAACCCCAACCCCAACGAGUAGAACCCCAACAAGUAGGACAUCACACAGAGGAGAGGAGCAAAAUGACAGGCGUACCUUUUAACUCAUUGGCAUUUUGACGUUCUGGUUAUCCAACUGAACCAGGGUCAUAUUCAUUAGUGCAGGCAACCGAAAAUGUUUUAAAACAUUUUUGUAACUGAGAAUUUUGUUUUUGUGUUUCUUAUUGGACAAGUCCCUAUCUGUUUCUGCCGAAUGAAUAUGACCCAAAUCGCUCGUGUCUAUGGAUGGCAAAUGUAGCUAAUAAUGUGUUCUGUGGUGUGUUGGUUGUAUCGUGGAUCACACAUCCAUUAGCUAAUAGAUGUUAUUUGCUAUCAUGUUUUUUAAAAUAAUUUCUGUAUUUUUGGAGUAUAUUAGGAUUAGAAAAUGUGUGCUAUUUCUGAAUGGAGUGGGAGGGGGUGAGACAAGUUACAGCAGCUGCAAGUUGUUAUUUCUAGAAAGCUUCACCUUGAAUAUAAUGUGCAUUUAUACAAUUUGAAUCUUUUAAUUUGGAACCAUGUGAGUAUUGUAUUUCAGGACAAGGUUAUAUGAGGCUUAGAAAAAUUGUAAAAUGAUUUGGAAAUCAUGCCUUGUUGACAAUUUGUGUAUUUGUAUCAGGCUUUUGUCCUUCAGAUGGUAGGAACCUGCUGACAAUGAUCAUGUAUUACUUGUAACCAUUACGCUUUUUUCUUGUUUUUUGGUCUCAUAAAUGUUUUCUACUAAACUCUUUCCCUUUCUUCAAAUUCUUGCUUUCUGUUAUUUCACUGGUUUAUCUAAAUGGAAGUAUCUGAAAUUCUGCUAUUUUCUACUUUGUGUUCAGCCUGUUUUUUUGUUCCCCCCCUACUUAUUGUGCUACUUAAAAAAACAACUUUUGUCUGAAUUGUGUCAGGAUUGGAAGACCCUUAGGUCCCAUAAGGUGGCCACUUCAUUCCCAGUCAGAUGUCAUCUGAGCAUUUUAAAAUCCCCACGUCUAACUGGCCUGUAUCCAAGCUGAAUUUGCUGGUUGUUUCACUUUCUUCAAGGUGUGGCUCAGUGUCAGCAAUGGCUAUGGUUAUUAUUUCUCUACCUUUUUGGCAAGAUUCAGUCAGUAAUGGCCACAGUUGGUUACACCAACAGGAAUGACACAUAAGAAGAUGUCUUUGUACACCGGACGACCAUAAAGUAAAACAUCCCAUAGGAAAUACAAUGGCGGUGUUGGAGAUGGAGAAACGGAGGCGUUUGAUGUCGUUGAAGGGAAGCCGCUAGCACGACUGUGAGUGGCACAACCCUAAAAUAUACGUGAAGUGAAACGAAACAACACUGUUUAAAUCGGGCUACCAAGCCACCUGUUAGUUUUACCAGACAGGCUCUGAGCCUUUCCCCAAAUGUCCUGGUUUUCCAGAAAACCCUGUUGGAAGUUAACCUGGUUAGGUGGGAACAUGCAGUAAAUUCAGGAAUCCUCCAAAUGGGAAUUUUGGGGAAGUUACCAAAUUAUUAUUAUUAUUAUUAUAUAUAUAUAUAUAUUUUUUUUUAUUCUAACCAUGACCUAAUUUAAUAUGAGGUAAAUCACAACUGUUUUAAUUCUUGGAUAUAAACUGCGAAACUCCAUUAAGGAAAUCCAUCUAAUUUGACCACCUUGUUAGAUUAGCUGCUUCCUCUGAAGAGGGGAACAACUGGUGAACAUGACUUAAGACCAGAAUGAAGAAAAGCAGUUAUUUUAUUGUUAUUAAUUUUACAUUGGGUGCAUGUUCAUAUCCAAUCUUUAUGAAUUGUAUCACUAAAGCAAGGGUCAAUUUCUAAAAGUGAGGAAGGUUUGAGUUUAGCCCUAUUGACUUGGGGAUGGAGUCUGCUUUUAAAGUGUCCCCCUGCCUUUUUCUUUUUUUUAUUAAUCUGUCCAGGGCCAAUGGGAAAUGUAAUUAUCCGUUUUAAGGGUCAGUUUUGCAUAAGACAAGUUUAUUCCAUUGACAUUGUAUCGAUUCUUUUUUUAGUUAAUAAAAUAUACUAUUUUAA